GGUGUGACGUCAUGCCAGACCGAGAGACGGGGCCCCAGCUCGCGGCAUCGAUGGUGGAGGCGAAGCCUUGCGCGCCGCUGCUGCGGCGCUACCGAGAGAGGGCGCUUGCUGGUGUGACGUCGCGCCAGACCGAGAGACGGGGCCUCAGUCUGUGGCCCCAGCUCGCGGCAUCGAUGGUGGAGGCGAAGCCUUGCGCGCCACUGCUGCGGCGGUACCGAGACAGGGGGCUCGCUGGUGUGACGUCACGCUAGGAGGAUAAAUGGGGCUACAGCUCGGAUCCUCGCAGUGGUCGGCGCGCUGCCUUGCGCUAUGUCGGAUGAUGUGUACAAGGCGAGGCUGGAACGAUCUGCUGCGGCCAAGCGACGGCGCCGUGCUGAAGAAACAGAAGAAGAACGAGAAGAACGGCGAGCUAAACAACGUGCGUAUGCAGCAGCGUGGCGAGCACGCCGAUCAACAUCGCUAGAUGCGGGUGCAUCUACAAGUUCAGGGCCAAGUUUAAUGAGUGAAGUUAACGGUAGCGAAACUAUGGAGACAACCAGUAGCUCGGAGACAAGUUUCAUGGACGCUCUUAAUGCCGAAGAGACUAUCAUGGAUGCUUCAAAUGGUGACGAUGCUGCAUCUAUGAAUAGAAUGGAACGCUACAACUUCAACAGAAGAAAGCGCCGUGCUGAAGAAACGCUGGAACGGAGAGUAGAGCGGCUUGCUAAAAGAAGAAUGCAGUAUGCAGCCAAGAAGGGAGAACGCAACGAGGCGAGACGAAAGCAGAGAGCCCAAAAGAAGGAGGAGCGCUUGAAUAAGAAUCGGGAGAAGUCUCUCAUCACGGCCGAACCAGACGGUGACGUUUUGGUCCAGCGACGUGAAGAACAUGAGAGAAGAGUUGGAGAGUUCGAGUCUGCUACUUGUGAAUUCCACAAACGCUUUACGAACAGUCCCUUUGGUUACGAGUGUUCUGUGUAUGGCCGCUUGUGGCAUAAGGACAAACAUACUUCGGGCGGUGAUGCAAUAGAUGAAAAACUCUCAGCAUGCAGCAGGUCCAAGUCAUCAAGCACCACCUUCCACUGGGAACCAUGGCUAGGCUGUGAUGAUAAGUGCGUUGGUGAGGACAACGCCUUGCCCCUGCAUGCCGAUCAGUCUUGUCAGACGGAACACCACAUCACCCUAGUGCAGUGCGCAAGAUUGCACAUUUCAACUUGCUGCAUCGGAGUCCAGGUUGAUGUCUCGUGACGGUGCUGUUAAGUUCCUGCAUGACCAGGUUGACAGAACGAAGAAGCUGCUCAACGCAACAAUGGCAGCAUCUGCGUGGCCUCGGUGGCACACCUGUCCAUGACGACAUGUAGGCCUCCCUCACACUCAGACACAAAAGCCAGAAAAGUGGCAGAAGCCAGCGAAUCUUUUUCUGCAGUUUGAUGAUUGCACUGUUCGCAUCUGUUGCCACAACUUUUGGCUACUUCACCAUGUGCAUGUGCUGCUGAUGUCCAGUUUUUUUAAGAACUGUGAUGUUUGCCAGUACGUGAUUUAAAAGUCUUUAUCCAUUAUCAAAAGUAUGAAAAUCAGGGUUUCUGCAACAAGAACGAAUUUCCUCAAUGCCUUCGCAUGCAACCUGAAAGUGAAGACUUCCAUUUGGACUGGCGUUGCAAACAUUUCGGUGUGUUCGUAAGUUUCAAGUUGUCUGUAUGAAUUGUCAUUAACUGCUUUUUUGUACAGAAAUCCUGGUCUGCAUACCUUGAUCAUGGGUGUACCUGUAUUCAUUUCUCAACUGUAGAUGAUGUACACUACCAGUUUGGCUUUCCUGUAGUGCACAGCCAAAGUCAAUGAACAUGUGCAGCCGUCGGGCUGUUUUACUUGUUCUUGGGGCACUGUUAUCACAGCCAGGCUAACCUGUCAGAAUCACUGACUGCAGCUGCCAGCAGCAGUGGAACUGUGAGACGAACCGUCAACUAUCUCAAGGCACUUUCAAAACUGCAUUGGGCCAUCUGUGUUGCAUCAACUCUUGAGCAGUGGCGUAGUAACGGGGGGGCCAGGGGGCCGCGGGCCCCGGGUGCCAGUCUGGGGGGGGGGGUCAUAUAUGUCUGAAGACCCCCUCUUUCCGCAGGCUUGACUGGGCGUAAAUGGUAAAGAAUGCUCUGGUAACCAGCAGCCAAUGUCCUUGACGCAAGCUCAUGUCCUUGAUGUGUAGUGUCGCAGAAUUGUCGGGUGCAGCUUUAUCAACAUCUUGCGUAAUAACUGGACGAAUGUGCUGGCUAAAAAAUGUAAAUGUGGUCGUUAAACUACUCGCCUUAGCUGAAUGUUUCAUAUGCGGUGCGCUCAUGCGUACCUAGCUUAAGUCCACGCUAUCUUAAUAUAGGAUUUAUUAAAUAACUGUUUAAUUAGGAAUUAUAGAGGAAACUUUGCGAUUUGGGAAUUGAGGACCCAAUGUUAUAUUAACUCAACAAAAACUUCUCUAAACGAAAUCGUCUUGGGUGCUAGAGCCUGCAGUACCUUGGCACUGCGGGCGGCCCAGUACAGCAGUACCGAAAGAAAUAUGAAAUCGUGCACCAGUGACCUCGAUCCCUCUAUCCUAUUAGUUGCGUGUGCAGGCCAACAGCAGCGCAAGCUUUCGCUGGCACCGGUGUGAUGGCGGCCUUCUCUCUUUUUGCUUGGCGACGCCAGAUAUCGCCUCGAAGCGUGUUCUAUUCCGUUCAGGACCUUAGGAUGGUACCGCAGCUCAGAUAAUCACGUUUUCCAAUAGCAGAAAAUAAAGAAACGCUUCAUGGAUAAGAAUGAGGAGAACUCAUAAUUGUCGUAGCAUUGGUGCCCGUGCAGCAAGGAAGCAGGUGGCGUUUUCUAAUAGGGUGGGGAGGUCAGCGUCACUGACGCGCUAUUUCAUUUUUCGUUUGGGUCCAGGGCAGCCCACAACCAAAAUACUGCACGCUGUAGUACCUACGACGAUUUCUGUGAAGCUGUUGUUGGGCAACAUACGACUGUCGGGCUUCAAUUUUGCAAAUGCAAUAUUGCCUCUAAAAGUGCUAAUUAAAACUUUAAGAUAUUUUUCUUUCUUUGCUUGUGAGCCAUUUCUUCCAAGAUUCCGCAUCUGUAUUGGCCGGAAUCACAAGUUAUUAGUGCAGCACCCUGUGUUAUUUGGUGCAGAAAAUAAAACAGCGUGUAUACCUGCAUUUGCGAUCUCUGGGAACGAAAGCGAAUUGUGGGGGAGGGGCGGGGGGACAUGCGCAGUAUCCAAGGCAGCCGUGUUGGUGCUGAAACAUCAAUUUCUUCCCCCCUUCCCCGGAAAUUUUCGAUAUCCUCGCCUUCCCGACUAUAACCCGUGGCGGGGGGGAGGGAGGGGGGUUGACAGAAGACCUAUGGGCCCCGGGUGCGAGACGACCUAGCUACGCCACUGCUCUUAAGCAUUAUUGGUGUUCCAGCAUGUUUCUAUGAGUGCGUGGUUCUAUCAUCAAUGUGUUCUUCUUGUGCGCUUUGCAAAAAAGUAUUGUUAUUGAUUGGUCCUUGGCUCUUCGAUUUUUUUAUUGUGAUGACUAACCUUAAUUUACAUAGUGAAACAACUCCAAGAUGAAAUCAGAAUCUAUCUGUACUAAUGCGUUUAGUACAGUAAAUGUUGAAAUUUGCCCAUGCGAAGACACGCAUGCUUGCACAGCUAAAAAAUGCUGGCCACAAUGGCAUGCUCAUACUGGGCACCAUUUGCAAUCUUUGGGUCAAAUGUUUACGUUCAAGUGUAGUUUGCCUUGCCUUCUGAUUAGCUGUGGCAAAGUGUAAAGCUUUUGAUGUGGCUGAAAUGCCCCCUUCCUCCCCUCCCUCCUAAUUGACCCCUGCCACCUUGUUUUGUGCCUGGUUAACUAUGACAGCAAUUAAGAGGUUGAAAUAGUCUCAUUUGUCAAUCCUUUCCAUUAUGCAGCUGCUGUCAUGUCAGUUCAUCCCAAGAUUCAUCCUCACUUCAUCCUAAGGUUCAUGAUUUGCAUACCUGCCAACCCUCCCGAUUCGCCCGGGAGGCUUCCGAUUUUUGACUGAACUUUCCGAUUGUACGAUCACUAUCUUAUAUCUCCUGAAAAGUGGUCUCUGUUGGCACAAUAAUGGUUUUUGCGAAACCGGCACCGCGGAACCUACAGCCGCAUCGUAAUCGUCAGCAUCACUAACGACGGCAGCACUAGCACCAUCGGUAUCAUCGACUAAGGUGCUGUAACAUAUACAACCCAUCCACAAGCCAUAGAGUUUCGUACAAGAAUUAAGAGGGAACUCUGGCGCUACUGUCUAAGGGAGUUGCAAUGGGAGCGGUUGUCCCAGCAUGGGAAUUAUGGCAAGUACAUCGAUUUGCCUAAACUUCGUCUUUUUGGCUUCAAACGGCUUUGUGACUUUGUAAACUCGUCAUUUUCAACAGUAUAUUGCGCCAUAAAUAAUUAAAUAAAUAUCAUUAAAAUUGCCCGAUGGCAGGAUUCGAACACAGGGACUCUAGCAGAGAGCCUGAUAUUGAAACCAUUAAGCCACGGGCGCAUGUAUCGACAAGCGAAUGAAACGCCCUUAUGAAUUUAUCGCGGGCGUGCCAGUGCCUUGAGACGCUUGGCGCGUUUCGAUUUGGCCACCUGGACAAGCUCGGUCGUUGCAAUUAAUAGCAAUUGUACGCGUUCCCGGAGUCUUCUGCACUUCGAAGAAUAUAGAUUGCGCCGAAAUAUACAUUAAGAUUUAUAUAGCGUAAUAUACAAAGCCACAAGAACGUUUGAAUCCACAAGUACGAAGAUCAGACAAAUCCAUGUACUUCCCAUCAUUCCCAUGGUAGGACAAUGACUGCAGCGCCCGAGUUCCCUCUAGUAAUUUUUGUAGGAAACUCUAUGCCACAAGCGACUUUCGUCUGCUUCACAGGUUGCCAACCUUUUGCGCAGCUUCGCUAGCUGCAACAAUCCUUGUUCUCAAAGACUGUUUAAUAAAGGUUUCUCCUCAUAAAAGUGCCGAUUGUACUUCAAAGUUAUGUAUAAAUGUUUUCUUACAGGUUUAAA